GUUGAGAUGGUGUUGUUUUUAUAAUAUAUACUCACCAUUACGUGUUAUCCAAGCGAAAGUCAAGCAAGACCCACCUAUUUUUUCUCUCUUUCUCAAACCUUCCUAAACUAUACAUGUAUUUCUCUUACAUACAUAUAGACUGUAUAGCUCUGUAUCCAAUUGAACCCAAAAAUAUUGUUUUUUUUGAGAGAGAGAGAGAGUGUGUGUGUGUGCGUGUGCGUGUGUGUGUGUGAGUGAGAGAGAGAUUAUCUGGGUGUUAAUAAGAGAGUGAUAUAGAUAGAUAGAUAGAGAGUUGGGUUAUUUGUGUUUUUGUUGGGUUCAGAGGUUUGAGGUUGUAAGAGUGAAUAGUGGGAGUGUGUUAAGGUUUCUUUUGAGGGAGAGAGAGUUUGUAAUUUGCUGUUGGAUGAGUUCAGUUAAUAAGAGGACAACAUGCGCAAGUCUUUCAAGGAUUCUCUUAAGGCCCUGGAAGCUGAUAUUCAGUUUGCCAAUACUCUGGCUUCUGAUUAUCCAAGGGAAUAUGAUGGUGCCUGCCUUCAGAUGAGAUUGUCCUACUGUCCGGCUGCACAGUUUUUUCUCUUUCUUGUUCAGUGGACCGAUUGUAACCUUGCUGGUGCCUUAGGAUUGCUUAGAAUUCUUAUAUACAAGGUGUAUGGAGAUGGGAAGACUACCAUGUAUAUUCAUGAAAGGAAAGCCAGUCUAAGAGAAUUCUAUGGUGUGAUAUUUCCCUCUCUAUUGCAACUUCAAAGAGGAAUCACUGAUAUAGAAGACAGGAAACAGAGAGAAAUUUGUGCUGCCAAAUACAAGAGGAAGGAUGAGAUGGACAAAGGAAAGCUCUCUGAAAUUGAUUUAGAGAGGGAAGAAGAAUGUGGUAUAUGCAUGGAGAUGAACAGCAAGGUCGUAUUGCCCAUUUGCAGUCAUUCUAUGUGCAUGAAGUGCUACCGAAAUUGGCGUAUACGAUCUCAGUCAUGCCCCUUUUGCCGGGACAGUCUCAGCAGAGUUGACACAGAUGAUCUUUGGAUCUACAUCAGUAGCAGGGAGGUUGUUGACUUGUCUUCAAUCUCCAGAGAGAACUUGAAGAGACUUUUUAUGUACAUUGAUAAGUUGCCACUCAUUGUUCCAGAUCCUGCAUUUGUUUCUUAUGACCCUCAUCAUCGUUGACUGAUUAUUUGCUGGCUGGAAGCUUGACAACUUGUACAUAGCUCCUUCUCGAUUGUACAUAAUUCUUGUCUCCUGAAUUACUCAUUUGAAACUGUAAAUUUUUAUUUUUUUAACGGAUAAAGUUUUCUUUCAAACCA